CCGGCGGGGGCCUUUGCUGGGGGAGUCUCGGUCCCCGGGCUGCGCCCCCCGGGGCCCCGCGUCCCGUUCCCCGCAGGCACCGGGAACGAGCCGGGGCUGAUUCCGCCCCCUGGAAGGGGCUGGGUUGGAUCCGGGGCGGGAUGAGCCUGCGGCGGAGCCAGGCGGAGCCGUGACUGGUUCGUGUCCGAUCCCGCUGCUGUGUGCGGGGGGGGCACAACAGAGCGAGCCGCGCCCUCCCCCGCACGGCAUGGAGCGGCGGCCGGAGGCCGAGGCGAUGCGGCCCCGAGUCCAGGCUAUAGCAGCACCCCCUCCAGGGCAGAGCGUCCCCCCGAAGAGUGACCAGCCAGCUCCUGCUGCAGCCCCCUCCCCAUCUACAGGAGAAACAUUGCCCCCCAGGAGUGACUGGUCUGCCCCUCCCGCAGCGACCCCUAUGGGAGAGUGCAUCCCCCCCCAGAGCCACCAGCCUUCCCCCCCUGCCACACCUGCCCCUGUUGCAGUGACUCCUCCAGGAGAAGUCCUGCCCCCCUGGGGAGACCAGCCAGCCCCUACCACUGCCCCCCCAUCUCAAGAAGAAGCACUGCCCCCCCGGCAAGACCAGCCAGCCCCUGCUGCUGCUGCCCCAUCUUCAGGAGAAGCCCUGCCCCCCUGGCAAGUCAAGCCGGCCCUUACCACUGCCCCCCCACCUCCAGGAGAAGCCCUGCCCCCCCGGGGAGACCAGCCAGCCCCUGCCGCUGCCCCCCUGCCUCCAGGAGAAGCUCUGCCCCCCCGGGGAGACCUACCAGCCCCUGCCUCCCCACCUCCAGGAGAAGCUCUGCCCCCCCGGGGAGACCAACUAGCCCCUGCCUUCCCACCUCCAGAAGCUCUGCCCCCCCAGGGAGACCAACCAGCCCCUGCCCCCCCACCUCCAGGAGAAGCUCUUCCCCCCCGGGGAGACCAGCCGGCCCCAGUAGUUUCUCCAGCCGCUGUGGAAGGGAUCCCUGCAGGAGCAAAGAGCCCUCCAGGAAAUGCCUGGCUUUCCCCAGCUGCAGCCGCCCCCACGGGAGAAGCGCUACCCCGCAGGAGCAAUGGGCCAUCCCCUGCCACCGCCGCUUCUCCACUCCGUGCCGCAGCUGCCAGCAGCCCCAGGCCCAAGCAAGGUGCCCAGAAAGCUGAAGCAAGGCAGAGGCAGGCGAAGGAGCGGAGGGAGGAGCGGGCCAAGUACCUGGCCACCAAGCGAGCGCUGUGGCUGCAGAAGGAGGAGAAGGCCCAGAUGCUGCGGGAGAGGCAGCUGGAGGAGCGCAGGAAGCGGCUGGAGGAGCAGAGGCUGAAGGCAGAGAAGCGCCGGGCCGUCCUGGAGGAGCGCCAGAGGCAGAAGCUGGAGAAGAACAAGGAGCGCUACGAAGCCGCCAUCCAGAGGUCAGCCAAGAAGACCUGGGCUGAGAUCCGGCAGCAGAGGUGGUCGUGGGCUGGCGCGCUGCACCAGAGCUCCCCCAGGCACAAGGAUGGUGCGAGCCGGUGCUCAGUGUCCGCUGUUAACCUCCCCAAACACGUGGACUCUAUAAUCAACAAGCGGCUCUCCAAAUCCUCCGCCACUCUCUGGAACUCUCCCAGUAGAAACCGGAGCUUGCAGCUGAGCCCCUGGGAGAGCAGCAUCGUGGACCGGCUCAUGACGCCCACCCUCUCCUUCCUGGCCCGCAGCAGAAGCGCCGUGACGCUGGCCGGUGCUGGCAAGGAGCAGGCAGUGCCGGUGUGCCCCCGCUCCGCCUCCACCAGCCCCCUCAACCCCUGCAACAACCACCGGGUGCAGCACCGCUGCUGGGAGCGCCGCAGGGUGGUGGCCAGCAGCCCGGACGUGACGCUGCGCCGGAGAGUUGAGUCCUCGCCCAAGAAGAAGGAGAAGAAGGACAAGGAGCGGGAGAACGCCAAGGAGCGGAGCGCCCUGUCUCGCGAGCGGGGCCUCAGGAAGCACCAGCCCCAGCCCGGCAGCCAACCCAGACUGCCCCGGCCCGCCGCGGACAGCAGCCCAGGGCCAAAGAAUCGGCCCACAUCGCCUGCCACCCCCAACCACUGGCCGGCUUCCCCCAGCCCAGGCCUCAGUUCACCCCACAAGCCGCCACUGCCCCGCAGCGCCCACUCCUCCCGCAAGGGGCGGCCCAGGGCCAAGGAGGAGCGCAAGGAGCAUGUGAGCCAGCAAAAGGCGCACGAGAGGAAGGAGGAGGAAGAGGAGAGGGGAGCAGCCUCCCCGGCCCCACUCGACACUCCCAAGACCCCCGGGCCCGCUGAGCAGCCCCCAGGCGCUGCUGCCCCCUCUGGCACCGCCAGCCCCAUGCCAGCUCCUGCCACGCCUUCGGGCAAACCCAUGGCGGGCACCACAGACCGAGAAGAGGCAGCUCGGCUCCUGACAGAGAAACGCCGGCAAGCCCGCGAGCAGCGUGAGCGCCGGGAGCAGGAGGAGCAGGAGAGGCGCCAGAGGGAGGAGCAGGCCCAGCGGGAGGCCCAGGAGCAGGCCCAGCGGGAGGCAGAGGCCCGCCGGCUGGAGGAGGAGCAGAGGCGGCAGCAGGAGGAGCGGCGCCGCCAGGAGGAGCGCCAGGCCGAAGAGCGGGCCCGAGCCGAGCAGGAGGAGAUGGAGCGACUGCAGAAACAGAGGGAGGAGGCAGAGGCGCGGGCCCGCGAGGAGGCCGAGAGGCAGCGGCUGGAACGGGAGAAGCAUUUCCAGAGGGAGGAGCAGGAGCGACUGGAGAGGAAGAAGCGGCUGGAAGAGAUCAUGAAGAGGACACGCAAGUCAGACGCAGCUGAUGCCAAGAAGAAGGAAGAGAAGAAAAUGGUGAAUGGGAAAGAAACCAAACAGGAGACUGACGCCAGCCCAGGCUGUGGGAAGCGAACAGGGCCGCUGGCAAAGGAAGAGGAGCUCCCUGAGUCAGAGACGCCCAGCACAGAAAGCCAGAGUGUGCGGAUGGGCCCUGUCCCUGCGAGGCCGCAGCAAAGCCCCCCCAGCAAGGACAUGGUGCCCCUGGUGAACGGCGUGCAGCCCGGCAAGCAUGAGAAUGGCUUCCCUGGCAAGGAGGUGGGCCAGGGCGUGCUGGAGCUCUCACCGCACAGUGGUAGCGCCGACCCCCUCAUCCCCUUCGGGGACAAGGAACCCUUCCUCAAGACGGCCGUCGUCAAGCCCCCCCAGGUCACAGAAGUGCUGUGAGGGGCAGGUGCGUCUCCCUGGGCAGAGCGCCCCCUGGUGGCCUGCGCCGUGGCUGCCUCGGUGCGGGGGCGAGGCGAAGUGCCAAUUCCGGACUUUCUCACCGAACUAUAGCUGUUACCAGACGAAAAACCACGUCACUCCCACCUACCGCCCCAGGAAGAGGAUGAACCGGGCAGGGCAGGGGGCCAGGAUGUGCCCCCCCCGCCAGCCCCAGGGACUCUUGGUUUCUCUUUUUGUUCGUUAUUAACAUGCACCUUAUCAGACUGACACCCCCGCCCCUCCGAGCGGUUCCCACCGCGCCGCCCCUGACGUGUGGUGUAAUGAUGUCGUUAUUUAACUUGCUGGGGACAGUGUAUGUGAAUAAUGUAAAUAAAGCUCCGUGUGACAUCAGGGACGAGCGCCGGGCCCAGUUCUCUCUGUGCAGGAGGCGGGGCCCAUCCCACAAGCUUGGAGGGCGCAGGAGGCUGGCGCUCCCCGGCCAUGUUCAUGGGUCUAGGGUUCAAUCUCAUUUAACCUCCUGCAGCCAGGCCCAGCCAGCCACUCGGUGCCCCCCGUACGACGUGCUACGCUUCUGGGCCGCUGCGGGCGCGGGUGUCUGUGCUGUGUGGGGGGGAGGGGGCCACUGGGGCCACACCCGCCUCGCUCGGUGUCAAUGUGACAGUGUUAUGCAUCUGAACAAUAAAAUGGAAGAGCCGCCCCGCC